GCUGAAGAGCGCACAGUGGAGUUUUAAUGUCCGCCAUGUUGGCCAUGGCGUAUUGAAGAGAGCGAGCGAGAGAGGAGCGGAGCGGCACAGCCUCCCACCUUCCCGGCUGGUGUUAGUGCCCGGACGGCGGGCUCUGCGCUCCGCCCCUCAAGUCCCCGGCAGCGGUAGGCUAGUGGGGACCGAACCCCCGGUUCUCCAUGAUCCCGCUGGCCGGGGCCGUUUCCCCAGAGCGGAGAGGUAUCUGCUGCGCCUGAGAUGAGUAAACUGUCGUUUCGGGCGCGGGCGCUAGACGCCUCGAAGCCGCUGCCGGUUUUCCGCUGUGAGGAUCUGCCCGACCUGCACGAAUACGCCUCGAUAAACCGGGCCGUGCCGCAGAUGCCCACCGGAAUGGAGAAGGAAGAGGAGUCGGAACAUCAUCUUCAGCGGGCUAUUUCAGCACAGCAGGUGUAUGGCGAGAAGAGGGAUAAUAUGGUUAUACCAGUCCCAGAGGCAGAAAGUAAUAUUGCUUAUUAUGAGUCUAUAUAUCCUGGGGAAUUUAAGAUGCCAAAGCAGCUCAUUCACAUACAGCCUUUUAGUUUGGAUGCUGAACAGCCUGAUUAUGAUUUGGAUUCUGAAGAUGAAGUAUUUGUGAAUAAACUGAAAAAGAAAAUGGACAUCUGCCCAUUGCAAUUUGAGGAGAUGAUUGACCGUCUAGAAAAAGGCAGUGGUCAGCAGCCAGUCAGUCUGCAGGAAGCCAAACUGCUACUAAAAGAAGAUGAUGAAUUAAUUAGAGAAGUUUAUGAGUACUGGAUUAAAAAGAGAAAAAACUGUCGAGGGCCAUCUCUUAUCCCAUCAGUAAAACAAGAGAAGCGAGAUGGUUCCAGCACAAAUGAUCCUUAUGUGGCUUUUAGAAGACGUACUGAAAAAAUGCAGACUCGAAAAAAUCGCAAAAAUGAUGAAGCCUCUUACGAAAAAAUGCUUAAGCUGCGUCGAGAUUUAAGUCGGGCUGUUACUAUUCUAGAGAUGAUAAAAAGAAGAGAAAAGAGUAAAAGGGAGCUAUUGCACUUAACACUGGAAAUUAUGGAAAAGAGGUAUAAUUUGGGUGACUAUAAUGGAGAGAUCAUGUCUGAGGUUAUGGCACAGAGACAGCCAAUGAAACCUACUUAUGCCAUCCCCAUCAUCCCUAUUACUAAUAGCAGUCAAUGUAAACAUCAGGAAGCAAUGGAUGUGAAGGAGUUUAAAGUUAAUAAGCAAGAUAAAGCUGAUCUUAUCCGACCGAAACGGAAAUAUGAAAAGAAGCCCAAAGUCUUACCAUCGUCUGCUGCUGCUACUCCUCAACAGACGAGUCCUGCUGCACUGCCAGUCUUUAAUGCUAAAGAUUUAAAUCAGUAUGACUUUCCCAGCUCAGACGAAGAACCUCUCUCCCAGGUUUUGUCUGGCUCUUCAGAAGCUGAGGAAGAGAAUGACCCCGAUGGUCCUUUUGCUUUCCGUAGGAAAGCAGGCUGUCAGUACUAUGCUCCCCACUUAGACCAAACUGGCAACUGGCCUUGGACUAGUCCUAAAGAUGGAGGAUUAGGGGAUUCGCGAUAUAGAUACUGCUUAACUACUCUCACCGUACCCCAAAAGUGUGUUGGAUUUGCACGAAGACGGGUUGGGCGUGGUGGAAGGGUCUUACUGGACAGAGCUCAUUCAGACUAUGACAGUAUGUUUCGCCAUCUGGAUUUGGAAAUGCUUUCCUCACCACAACAUUCUCCAGUCAAUCAGUUUGCCAAUACCUCAGAAACAAAUACCUCGGACACAUCUUUGUCUAAAGACCUCAGUCAGAUACUAGUCAAUAUCAAAUCAUGUAGAUGGCGGCAUUUUAGGCCUCGGACACCAUCCCUACAUGACAGUGACAAUGAUGAAGUCUCCUGUAGAAAAUUAUAUAGGAGUAUAAAUCGAACAGGAACAGCACAACCUGGGACCCAGACAUGCAGUACCUCUACGCAAAGUAAAAGUAGCAGUGGUUCAGCACACUUUGCAUUUACAGCCGAACAAUACCAGCAACAUCAACAGCAACUGGCACUAAUGCAGAAACAGCAGCUUGCACAAAUUCAGCAACAGCAAGCAAAUAGUAAUUCCUCCACCAACACUUCACAGAACCUUGCAUCUAACCAGCAGAAAAGUGGCUUUCGCCUGAAUGUACAGGGUUUAGAAAGAACAUUACAGGGUUUUGUUUCUAAGACUUUGGAUUCUGCUAGUGCUCAAUUUGCUGCUUCUGCUUUGGUGACAUCAGAACAACUGAUGGGAUUCAAGAUGAAGGAUGAUGUGGUGCUUGGAAUUGGGGUGAAUGGCGUCCUUCCAGCCUCAGGAGUAUACAAGGGCUUACACCUCAGUAGUACUACACCAACAGCACUUGUACAUACAAGUCCAUCAACAGCAGGUUCAACUUUGUUACAGCCUUCAAAUAUUACACAGACUUCAAGUUCCCACAGUGCACUGAGUCAUCAAGUAACUGCUGCCAAUUCUGCAACAACUCAGGUUCUGAUUGGGAACAACAUUCGAUUAACUGUACCUUCAUCAGUUGCCACUGUAAACUCUAUUGCCCCAAUAAGUGCACGACAUAUACCUAGGACUUUAAGUGCUGUUCCAUCAUCUGCCUUAAAGCUGGCUGCCGCAGCAAACUGUCAAGUUUCCAAGGUUCCGUCUUCAUCCUCUGUAGAUUCAGUUCCAAGGGAAAAUCAUGAAUCGGAAAAGCCAGCACUGAACAACAUAGCAGACAAUACAGUAGCAAUGGAGGUGACGUAGCUUCCUCAGGAGUGGAACUGCAGCCUGGGGACUUGAUUAGGUGCUAUGCAUCAGUAGCAUUUUGAAUGCAAGGGAUGAUGGAAUGCAGCACAUGCGUUUCUGUGGCAGCUGUGGGGACUUGACAGCAAUGCUCAUCUCUCAUGCUUCAAUAUUUCUUUUCUUACUGUUAAUAGGAAAAAAUCAACAUCUGUAAAUUAAGAAUACAGCAAUUAUCUGUACAAUACUGCAUAUUUGUAAUACCCUUGUAUAUAUGUUACUUGAAUACAGAAAUGUUCAUUUGUGAUGCUUUGCACU